UACUGAUCAAAAUACUUUGUUGACUCAUCUUAAUAAUAUUAUCAUCUCAAACUCCUUCAAAGAAGCACUAAAUCUAGUGGACGCUGUAUAUGAAGAAAUAAAACCUCAUAGGCACAUAACUUCCGAUACCG